AUGUCACCGUUAACAUCUGAUCAGCCGAUGUUAAACGAGGGUAAAUCAGGACGAUGCUCGAGGAAACAUUCAUCACCACCCGAAAAUAAUUCCUGCAGUUCAGCCUUUGAAGGGCCACUUAAUUUGAAUAUUGUUUUUGUUAUUAAAUAUUAUCUAGAAAUCAUGAAGCCAGUUGUUAGAUACAGCGCCAUUUUGGUCAUUUCUGUUUCCUUAUUUUUAGUUAGUUUCGUAUACUGGACCGCACACAAUUCAAUCCUUUCAAUUGACUAUCGACAUAAUAAAAAUCUAACAACCUUGGACCAAUAUUUCUCUUCCACUCAAAAUACUACCAAUGAAGCAAUUACCGCUACAGCUGUGAGCACUGUAACACCCACAUCAACUAGAACGAGUAUAGCCGGUAACGACGCCACACCAGAAUUACCGGUGGACAAAAUAAAAAACGUAUUCUAUAAUCGAGUGGGUAAGUGUGGAAGUAGAUCAUUGAUUAAACUGGUUCGAGUUUUGAAGAUUUUGAAUAAAUUCAAUGAAUCCCACUCAAAUGAUUAUGCCAAUGAUCAUCCGAAUAGUACGGAGGUGGAAACUGAAAUGAAGAAAAUUGCUCAUCUUAAACCGCCGUCAUUUUAUAACCGACAUAUUCAUUUUAUUGACUUUGAAAAACAUGGUAUUGAGCAACCAAUUUAUAUUAAUAUGAUACGCGACCCAAUACAACGAUUCUCAUCUCAGUACAAUUACAUGAAAUACGGUGAUGCUAUUGGCAAAGUUUCGCAUCCGAAACAUGACUUACCAGAUAUAAACGAUUGUGUCAUGCAGAACAUUUCGCUAUGUAAUAAUACGAUGUUCAUGUUUUACACUGGUCUAUAUUUUUGUGGAUUCGAGGAUAUCUGCUUACAUGAAUCACGUGGUAGAGUUGAAUUAGCUAAAAAGCACAUUGAUGAAAAAUACUUAGCAAUUGGAUUAACAGAAGAAUUUGAGGAUACUUUGAAGCUAUUUGAAACAAUGCUUCCCAGCUAUUUCAGAAGCGCAGUCAAAAUAUGGGAACAAAAAAGCAAAUUAUGGCAGAAGAGAACAACAACCAAAAGGAGGGAGAUUUUGACUGAAGCUUCAAUUGACAAGUUAAAGAAUUCUCUCUUGUUAGAUGAAUAUGAAGUUUACAAUCACGGUCGGAAAAAAUUUGAACGACUCAAGAAGAAGUAUGGAAUUCAAUGA